AAUGCAAAAUUGGCAAAAGCGGUUUCUUCACCAAAAAAUGCGAUGUAUUUUACUUUAACUGUAUGUGCUAUAUAAAUGCGUUCUAUUCAUAAUACGAAUCCAUAUGAAUCGAAUAUGGUUAACACUACAUAUUUUUCUACCAAUUAACUAGCUCACUUGGAUCUCAGUCGGUCAGUUGGCACUAAAUAUAUCCGUCAUAUCAUGCUAUUAUUUGUAUUGCUGUCAGUUGAAAAGCUGUGAGUGUUUACAAGAAACUGCUUGUAUUUCGUAGUAUCUGAUGCAAAUAUCACAUUACAGUCCUUUUGGAUAUAAAAAAAUUAUAAUCGAGAAAACGUCCUGUCGUCGCAGAAGACUCCCAAACCAGCCGCGCGCAUGCCCAUAGCGAGGGCAAGCUACGGAAUCAAUACUGUACUUUGAACGACAAGCUCAUCCUGCAGUCGGAAACAACGCUUUACAUCUUUCAAGCAACAAAGGGAGUUUUUUUUCUGAAACCACUGCAGGCUCUACAUCGAAUUUUUAAACAAAUGCGUGACUAAGUAAAGCGAGCUUGCUAGCUACCGCUAGCUGAAGUAAUAGGAAGACCUCGGUUCUGUUCAGUUCGCUAGCAGUGAUGAGCUUCUUUAGUUUUGGUCAGAGUGCGGAAAUUGAUGUGGUCCUGAAUGAUGCUGAAACGCGAAAGAAAGUGGAACACAAGACAGAAGAUGGGAAGAAGGACAAAUAUUUUCUGUUCUACGAUGGUGAGACGGUGUCCGGAAAAGUCAAUGUAACGUUGAAGAGUCCAGGGAAGAGACUUGAGCAUCAAGGCAUCAAGGUCGAAUUCAUUGGACAGAUCGAGCUUUACUAUGACCGAGGGAACCACCAUGAGUUUGUGUCUCUGGUGAAGGACCUGGCCCGGCCCGGUGAACUCACACAGUCACAGACGUUUGAGUUUGAGUUCACACAUGUGGAAAAACCCUAUGAGUCUUACACGGGACAGAAUGUCAAGCUACGGUACUUUUUACGGGCAACAGUCAGCAGGAGGAUGAAUGACAUCAGUAAAGAGACUGACAUCGUUGUGCACACGCUCAGUACGUACCCUGAGCUCAAUUCCUCCAUCAAGAUGGAAGUGGGAAUCGAAGACUGCCUUCACAUCGAAUUUGAGUACAACAAAUCCAAGUAUCACCUCAAGGACGUCAUAGUUGGGAAGAUCUACUUCCUGUUGGUGCGGAUUAAGAUCAAGCACAUGGAGAUCGGCAUCAUUAAACGGGAGACAACCGGCACAGGGCCCAACGUUUACCAUGAAAACGACACCAUUGCCAAAUAUGAGAUUAUGGAUGGCGCGCCAGUGAGAGGAGAAUCCAUCCCCAUCCGGCUGUUCCUGGCGGGUUACGAAAUGACCCCGACCAUGAGGGACAUUAACAAGAAGUUCUCAGUGCGCUACUACCUGAACCUGGUCCUGAUCGACGAGGAGGAGAGGCGCUACUUCAAACAGCAGGAGAUCACGCUAUGGAGGAAAGGGGACAUCGUGAGGAAGAGCAUGUCCCACCAAGCUAGCAUCGCCUCGCAGCGCUUCGAGGGCACCCCCAGCGGAGAGAAGCCAGCAGCCCUGGCCAAAGGGGACAGCAACUGAAGCCCCCCCUACACCCCCCCCCUAAAGAAACAUGAGACUUGUGCGCUUGUGUGAGCGAGCAUGACUGUGCACAAAUGUGCUCCGGAAGGUCAAUGUGAGGGCCCUCUUGCCCCCUAUUGUUUUUCUCUUUUUUUAACAUAUCUACUACAUGAAGGGAUAGGACUACUUUAUCUACUACAUGAAGGCCACAGGAUACUUUGUGAAAGGAGAACCCAGGCUGCAUUUCCUGUCUCACUGCCUUUUCUGAGUAAAUCUGUGUCGAAGCGGCGGCCAUUUUGCGACAUUUCACCUCCCCUCGUGACAAGCACUGUGCCCCUUCACGCGUUCGGCAGCGAUUACACAGCCACUCUCCCGAUGUGGAGCGGUUUUUUCGGGUGCCAGCGCCUCAUUUCACACAAACACAAUCCUUUUUAUAUUAAAAUGAGAAGGGAAAAUAUGCGGACUCUUCAGAUUUGGGCUAAUCAGGCUUUUAGGCCUUGACACGCAAAAUUCCUUUGGAGUAAAAAGGGUUGGUUACAGCGAUGUCUGACCGUUGCCACCGCCGAUCGUCACGGUCGAUGCGCGGUCGUGUGACUUACGGUUUGUACUUGUGCAGUGGACCGUUUGUCAUCGUCGCCAUCACAGUUGUGCCCUUCGGUUAGACUUGAAUUGUGUUUAACCUCGACCCCAUUGCUGGCUCAGAUGACGACACCACUUUAUACAACAUUCUCAUCUGCCAUAAAUCAGUCAUCUUUAGUGGUAAGUGCAAAUGAUUCCACUUCCACAAUGCAUUGUUAUUGUUUAUGUGUUUAUACAUUUGAUGAGUGGCAGUGUUCAAUAUCAAAGACAAGGGAUGAUGGAAUGUUGAUGACAGUAUAUAUCCAUAGGGUGGUCACACAAUAUGGGUAUAUGAAUUGGCAUUCACUAACGCAGUUGUUAACAUUAAUUGAUGUACAAAUGCAUUGAUGCGUUAAUAUGAAUGAAUAAUGUACAUAUAACUUUAACAACUACAUUAGUUUGUGCCAGUUUGUGUAACGUUAUUGUUGUGUUACCAAUAGGGCAAUCAUACAUCGCCAAGCUGUAAACCGCAGUAAACAGGUUGUGCCUGGUGCACAGAAAGUAUUCCAUUAUUGCGCAGCAUAUUCAUUACAUUCCUUUUUGCCUCUUCAAAAUGGUUGUUACAACAAACCAUUUUCCUCAUAAGCUAUGUAUUUUUUGCACUGAUAAAUAUAACUGUUUGUUGUCCACUUUAUAAAUAUAUAGGAUCUUUGUUUAACCUAACCGCACACUGUGUUGUCCUUAAUAUCAUGUUAAGCAAGUGUAACAAUUUCAUAUUCAAACAUUUGUGUUUAAACUUUACACAGUAACACUUGGUUCAUUUGUUACUCAAACAGUGUUGUGUUGUGGUUAAAUCGAAUUGAGGCUGAAGUUUUGAGCAAAUUUUAUAAUGUUGGGUUUCAUGUUUAAUGAGGCAGAACAUGGUCUUUAUUUUCAUGGUUCAUAAUGCAUUAAAGACCAAUGAUUCUGCUCCAAA